AUGACAAGUGAGGAAGAGAGUGUUCUUGCCUUAGUGCAUUGCUCUGAAAAAAUUAAAAAAAGCAAAAGCCAUGGUGUGAAGUUCACUGACAGAGAACCACUGAGUGUCUUCAUCAGUUCGUCAAGCACUUUGUCUGAUUUAAAGAACAGCAUCUUGCAAAAGCUUGGCAUGUUUGGUAGCAAGUGGGUGAAGAAGCUAUUCUACAAGAUUUCCAUCGCAGUUGUCUCGACCGGUGUUCAGUAUGAUACCUUUGUGCUAGGGGCUGAUGAAGAUAUUAUGGUUCUGUUCUAUUGUGUUAGGAGUUUUCCAGAGAUUCGAAUUCACGAGUUGUUUGCAAAGUUGGAGGUCGGUGUCGAUAGUUCUGGGGCAUCAGCUCCAGUUCAUAGCUCGACUGCCGCGGGAGGUGCGUCUAGUUCGAUGCAUACGUUGGAGAAUGCAGCAGUCUUUGAGCAGGCUUAUGUCAUGGGCACCGGUGGUGGCCAGUUACCUUAUAUGCAAGGCUUUGGUGAACCUGAUCGAGUAGAGAAUGCAAUGUGUGACGAUGACUCUGACCAGGAGCCUAUUGAUAUCAUCGGGGACAGCGACGAUGACACAGGUGCCAAUCCACAUGCGCAGCAUGAGCCUUCAAGUUCUGCUUCUCAACAGUAUCCUCCACACUUCUCCACACUAAACUUGGACGUUCUGGGUCAACAGGAGGACGGUGGUAACACGGUCGGGGGCUCUUCUACAGAAUUUCAGAUUGGGCAAUCUUUUCAGAAUAAAGAUGAGGUUGUGCUGAGUGUAAAGGACUAUAGCAUCCGACAAGGUGUUGAGUACAGAGUCAUCGAAUCAGAUCAUCUGCAGUAUCAUGGAAAAUGCAAGCAAUUCGGCAAGGGUUGUACUUAG